AUGGAUGAUGGCGCGCUCGCUCGGACGCUCCUCGACACGCUCUCGCCCGACGCGCCCACGCGCGCGCGCGCGACGGCGACGCUGGAGUCCCAGAGUCACGUCCAUGGGUACGCCCUGGCGCUCGCGCGCGCGGCGCUGGAUGGUGAGGCGACGGAGACGCACGGAAGACAAUUGGCGGCGGUGCUGUUGAAGCGACACGUUCGCGAACGGUGGACUUCGGACGACGGCGCGCCCGGGGCGAUGGGCGCGAGCGAGCGAGAGGAGGUGAAGCGGAUGCUCCCGAUGGGGUUGAGUGAUCCGUCGAGUAAGAUGCGAAGCGCGUUCGCGGCGGCGAUCGCGCAGGUGUGCGCGAACGAGGGCGGGGCGUGGGAGGCGCUGGCGGAGCGGCUGGUGGAGGGCGUCCGCUCGAAGCGGUCGAAGGAGGAGGUGUUGGGGUGCUUGAAGUGUUAUGAGUACAUCGGGGGGGAGAUCGAUGCGAAGGACGUGGCGAUGUUUGGACCGAGGCUGUUUCCGGAGUUGCUCGCGUUGGCGCGAGACGCGGAGGAUCGAGCGGUGAGGAGACGGGCGAGCGGCGCGUUUACGUCGACGCUGCACAUGCUCACGUCUCUGAGCGGUGAGGAGCAACGCGCGAUGAGAGACAUGAUGGUCCCUUACCUACCGGUGUGGCUCGAGACGGUGAGUUUGGAGCUCGAAAGCGUGCCGAAUCCGAACGCGUUCGACGAAUGUGCCUCGACGCUCGAGGCGCUCAAAGGACUUUCGCUCGCGGUGCAGUACUUCACCAAGUCCGCGGGCGAGACGCUCAUGCCCGCGCUCUCGCGAGGGGCGAUGAUGUUUCACACGAUCGCACCGAUUUGGGCGGCGUACUCGGAGGAGCAGGAGCACGUCGAUUUAGGAAACGAGAGCGACGGCGACACGGUGAGUUUCGACGCCGUCAUCACCGAGCUUCUCGAGCUCGUGAUUCAAAUAGCAGAGCAGCCGAAAUUGAAUAAGCUCCUCGAGGCGAAUUUAUUGGACACGAUUUAUAUCACGAUAGGAUACAUGACGAUGUCGACGCAGCAGGAGGCAGAGUGGACGGACGAUCCCAAUCAAUUCAUCGCCGACGAGGAGGAAGAUUUUUCAAACGUGCGCGCGGCAUGUGGGCUCAUGCUGGAUUCGCUGAGCAAUCGUUUCGGACCAAAGUGCGUCGGUGCGCUCGCGAGCGCGGCGGAGAAACGCAUGGUUGAGUCGAUAUCGGCACGACAGUCCGGUGACGCGAAGUGGUGGCGCGCCAGGGAGGCGACACUGCUCGCCGUGGGGACGCUGAACGAUGCCAUUGUGGCGUCGGCUCAGAAGGCGCGAGAGACGGGUAAGCCCGCACCUUUGGACGUCGCCGCGUUCGUCAAGGCGGUCAUCGACACCGACUUUCACGAGAGCACCGCGUUGAGUGCGCCGUUCUUAAGAGGUCGAGCACUUUGGAUGUGCGCGCGUCUGUCGAGCGCGGUGCCGCCUGCGAUGGCGGAGACGGUGCUCUCGUGCUCUGUGAGCUCCAUGGCGCCGGAUUUGCCGCCGCCGCUGCGCAUCGGCGCGUGUCGCGCCAUGGCGGAGUUCUUACCGUUGGCGAAGCGCGAGGUGAUGGCUCCGUACGUGGGGGAGAUUUAUAAAGGCUUAGGCGGUUUGCUCGUUGAGGCGGGCGAGGAGACGAUUCAUCUCAUUCUCGAAGCCAUGCACGUUCUCAUCAAAGCGGAUGCGGAGGCGGCGGCAGCGUGGUUGGGCGCGCUCACGCCAGCCGUGGUGAAGAUUUGGGGCGAGUACGUCAGAGAUCCGCUGAUAAGCGCUGACGCAUGUGAAGUCUUCGAAGCGCUCGCGGCAAUUCCCGCGUGCCAGCCGCAGUUACACGCCACUCUGGUGCCGACGCUGUCCCACAUCCUCGCGUCGCCGAGCGAGCAACCAGACAUGCUCGUUGAGGCCACUCUGGAUUUGUUGACGAUCAUUCUUCGUCCGGCGGGAUUGGCGGAGGCAAAGGCAACGCAUAACGCGUGCUUCAAGUACGUGUGCGGACUCAUCAUGCACAGUGAUGACGCGGGCGUGAUGCAAGGCGCCGCGGAGACUUUGCGCGCGUUCCUGCGCGCUGGCAAAGAAUCCAUGCUCGAGUGGGGCACUGGGAACGAAAACGUCGGCGGUGGUGACGUCUUGCGCGCCAUGUUCGAAGCCGCAUCCAGGCUGUUAGACCCCACCCUCGAAGAUAGCGCGAGCUUGACCGCCGCGCCGCUCAUGUGCCAAAUGCUCCGACGACUUCCCACAAAGGUUGGUCCAGUUCUUCGCGACAUCACCGCCGCCGUCGUAGCACGUCUGCGUUCGUCUAAGCAACCGAACCUUUCGGCGUCACUUUUGACCGUCUUCGCUCGCAUCGCGCACUUCGACGCCAACGCCUUCAUCGAGCUCCUCAGCUCGCUUCCGAGCGGCGGUGAGGAGCCGAACGCGUUCGAUUUUGUCAUGCGACAGUGGGUGGAGAAUCAGGGCAUGGUGUACGGCUCGUUUGAUAUAAAGCUCACGACGAGCGCAUUGGGGAUCAUCCUGAGCACGCAACACGCCGCGCUGAGCGCCGUCAUCGUCAAGGGUCAGAUUGUGGAGCACCCUUCGGAGAGUGGUCGCAUCCGAACUCGACAGCGCGCGCGAGACGUCGGUCCGGAGGAGUGGACGCGUGUGCCCCUCUCCUCAAAAAUCGUCGAAGUCUUGGCCGAUGCCCUCAUUGAGCUCGAGGAAUCAGCGAAUGAAGACCUCGGUUUCGAAGACGAAGAGUGGGAGGAAGACGACGACGCCUUCGACGCCUUCGACGACGCUGGUGAAUUCGCCCGCGACGAGGGCUUCACCUCGGGCGACCUCUUCGAGCGCCUACUCAUGGCGAAGGGUCUCGCAAACUUCGAUCCCGACGACGACGACGAGGCGGAGGAUCCGGUGAACGAUAUCGACCUCCGCGCCUUUAUACUGGACGGAUUGCGCUCGCUACACGCAUCUGGGGCGCUCGUACCGCUCGCUCAAAACGUCGGCGCAAGGCAACAGCGCGCGAUGCACGAAGCGCUAUCCAAGUAA